CCCUGGCCCCGGGACUGCUCAGUUCCCCGCGCCCGCCAGGGAUAAAAGCGGUUCUCCCGGCUCCGGGAGCCACAGAAUCCGCUCCGCCAGCUCGCGCUGCAGCUCGCCAGCUCCAGGCCCCGCCGCCCCGACUCUCCGAGCUGAGCCCCAUGGCCCGCGCCGCCACCGCCGCCGCACCCCGCGCUCUCCGCCUCGUCGGCGCCGCGCUGCUGCUCCUGCUGCUGGUCCCCGCCGGCCGCCGCGCCGCAGGGGCGCCCGUGGCCGCCGAGCUGCGCUGCCAGUGCUUGCAGACCUUGCAGGGAAUUCACCUCAAGAACAUCCAGAACGUCAAGGUGACGCCCUGGGGACCCCACUGUCCCCAAACCGAAGUCAUAGCCACUCUCAAGAAUGGGCAGGAGGUUUGUCUCAACCCCGAAGCCCCCAUGGUCAAGAAAAUCAUCAAUAAGAUGCUAAACAAGUGAGUUGUGCUUUUUGUUCACACAUGGGACUAGAGCCAUUGGUCACUAAUACUGGCAAAUGCCUCCAGAAAGUUUUACCAAGGAAACCCAGGGUUUAGCUGAAGGACUGAAAAUCAAGGACUUUGCCGUGAAUCCCUGCCCUAAGUGUAAUUUAGGCUCCACAUUUUAUUAUUCCUGUAAGCCCAGGGAAAGUACUGAAUCUCUUUAAGUCUCAAUUGUAUGGAAAAAUAGAAGUAGCUACUUCCAGGUGUUUGCUAUGAGGUUUAAGUGAAGUCCCGAAUGUAAUUUUUUAGUCUACUGUGACAUUACAUUCUGGCUCUUUGAGGCUAAUAAUACAAUUGGGAUCACAGGCCCCUUAUUCCUGAUUAGACAGCAUCCAGGAGCCUGGCAUUUUCUGCCUCAUAGGGCAGUGAUGUAGGUAGUGACCACAUGGCACGGGGCUAUGCCAUCAGUUUAUGGAAUCCUAUUAACAGCAACCAUUUUCUCCUCACAGGGGCAGCACCCACUGAGCUAGAGAGAAGGCAGACGCCUGACUUACUGUUGCAGCCUUAGUGAAGUGGGAGCAGAAGAAGAGAAACAAAAACCUCCUGAGACCCCCUGGACUGUGUUUAAUGUAUUUGACUCUUGCCUAGGAGUAUUCUUCUAUUUUUUGAAACAUAUUUAUUUAUUAUUUAUUUAUUUAUUUAUUUUCUCAAAGCUAGCACAUUAAUGUCCUAGCUAAUAUUUAAAGAUAUGAAUUUGGUAAUUUGCUGUACUAUUGUCUUAAAAGGUCAUUUUUAUGUUCCAUUAAAGUUGGUUCAGUUCUAUUAUUUAAUUUGUAGAUGACAAGUCUUAAAUAUUCUUCAUUCAUUAAAUUAUUAUUUCUUGGGGGGAUGGUGGGGGAAACCAUGCCAUAUCAGUCACCAUGAUGAAGGCUGGCGAUAAAUAGUGUGGGAUCCAAGCAAAUAAAUCCCUGUUAAGGUCAUGGGAUGUAUGUGCACCUCUGUUUUUGUACUGUUGAGAAGAAUGCUGGUUGUUAUUUAUGGAGAGAAUUUCACAGUAUGUGGUCAACAUUUCUGAUGUUGAAGCUUUAAAAAAACUCCAAUGUUUUAAAUAUCCCUUGGACAUUUUAUGUCUUCCUUGUAAGGCAUAGUGCCUUGUUUAGUGUUAAUUAUGUGGUGUUUCUCUAUGUCUUGGAAUAGAGAAGUUUAAAUAUUUAUCGAUGUAUUUUUAUAAAUAGCGUGAAAAUAAAGCUAUUUACAAAA